AAAAAGAAACAGAAAAAAGGAAAGAGAAAGAAAAAAAUAGAAGCCUUAACGAAGCAGGUCCGUCAAAACAUAAACACUGCAGCACGACCACAAACGUGACCGUAAACUGCGGGGGGGGUUUUUUUGGAUGGCCGGUGAGGGAUCACAGGACACGUCUCACUAAUGCCCCGAGUUCACGCUCGAGACUGAAGAGUAAAUCUGCGCAGAGAUUAAGAAGUGCGGACACUUUGGGCCUGUAGCAGAGGGUCUCAGAGACAGUCAGAAUGAGUGAUACAGAAGGACAAUCAAGCAUCCCAAAUGGUCCUGAUGCGACGGAGCCUGGAGAGGGAGAUGCAUCUGCAGCGAGGGACUCCCAGUCUCCUCCUGAGUCAGUCAAUUUAAGUUCGGCCCCCGAGGGAAGCGAGGGGGCUCAAGACCGGCCAAUGGCAGACUCCGAGCAGAAGAAGGGGCCGGGUGAAGAAGAGGACACGGACAGCAUGGACGGCAGUGGACUGUUCUCCCUCACAGAAGAUGGAAAGCGAGAGAGUGAAGGAGGAGGGCAGACCGAGAGGGGGAAAGAUGAAGGAAGAAGAUCCGCCAGGAAGAGGAACCGGCCCAGCGGGGGAGCCACGCGCCACUCUUCUAGUUCAGAUGAUGAUGACGACGAAGACGAAGAAGAGGACGAGGAGGACAACGUUGAAGAAGAUGAAGAAGCCAUUGAGGCUUGGCUGGGAGCUGACCUGCUUGACCUGAGUCGCCCUUCCUGGUGUGCCGUCCCCUCGCUGCGCGCUCGAGAGAUCGGCCACAACUCGCAGCAGUUUGUGAGGAAGGUUUGUGGCGCGCGGGGUCUGGUGCAGAGGCUAGAGCUGCAGGGUCGUCUGGAGAGACACACGGGCUGCGUGAACACCCUACACUUUAACCCUUCCGGCACUCGCCUGGCAUCCGGCAGUGACGACCUCCGCGUGGUCAUCUGGGACUGGGCUCGCAGAAAGGCAGAGCUUGAGUUUGACAGCGGUCAUAAGAGCAACGUCUUUCAGGCGAAGUUUCUUCCACACAGCGGUGACUCCACGCUGGCCAUGUGUGCCAGAGACGGACAGAUCAGAGUGGCUGAGCUCUCUGCCACACAGUGCUGUAAGAACACCAAAAGAGUGGCUCAACACAAAGGUGCAGCCCAUAAGCUGGCGCUGGAGCCAGACUCCCCCUGGUCUUUUCUCUCCGCGGGUGAGGACGCGGUGGUGUUCGGCAUUGACCUGCGUCUGGACAGACCUGCCAAUAAACUGGUGGUGGUGAAGGAGGGUGAAAAGAAGGUGGGGCUGUACACCAUCUACGUGAAUCCAGCUAACACGCAUCACUUUGCUGUGGGCGGCAGAGACCAGUAUGUCAGGAUCUACGACCAGAGAAAGAUCAAUGAAAACGACAAUAACGGAGUCCUGAAGAAAUUCUGUCCCUCCCACUUGGUGCCCAGCGAAUCCAAAACCAAUAUCACGUGUUUAGUGUACAGCCACGACGGCACAGAGCUGCUGGCAAGUUACAACGAUGAGGACAUUUACCUGUUUGACUCCAGUCACAGCGAUGGGGCAGAUUUUUGCAGGAGAUACAAGGGUCACCGCAACAACGCCACAGUGAAGGGAGUCAACUUUUACGGGCCCUGCAGUGAGUUUGUUGUCAGUGGCAGUGACUGUGGACACAUCUAUCUGUGGGACAAGAAUUCGGCGCGUGUGGUGCAGUUUAUGGAGGGAGACAGAGGAGGAGUGGUGAACUGUCUGGAGCCACACCCUCAUCUCCCGGGUUUGGCCACGAGCGGUCUGGAUCAUGAUGUGAAGCUGUGGGCCCCCACUGCUGAGAAUCCCACCACCCUGAAGGAACUUAAAGACGUGAUGAAGAAGAACAAGCGAGAGCGAGAUGAAGACAGUGUCCGUCACGGCGACCAGUAUGACACACAGCUCCUCUGGUUCCUGAUGAGACAUAUGAGAAACCGAAGACCUCAGCGAACCCGGCGAGGAGAAGGUGGAGAGGGUGACACGGACGAAUCUUGGAGCUCUCCGGAUUCCUCUGAUGAAGAAGAUGGAGGGCCAGACCAUGUGCAGUGCAUGUCCUCCUGAGCACACACACAAACACACACGCUCUUUGCCAUAGAUAUAAGCACAUACAUACUAGUAACACACUGGUACACAAAAGACACUUGAAGGGCCAGCAGUAAACACACACACGCAGCUUAUAACACACAGUGUGAGGGAGACGUAAACACCUGCUGUUCAAAUCUGGCUCCACACACACACAAAUAUCAUCGUCGUCGAGGGAAGAAAUAAUCUGAAGAUUCAUAUUUUUGAUACGCUGUCACACACAAAUAACCACUGAUUUGAUGCGAACACAAACACGUUUCAUUCCCAUGUUUAGCAAAAUAAAAUGGAUCCCGUAAGCAGCGCUUGGCUGCGGUAACAGAUGAGGAACAAUAUUUUCCAUAUUUAGCAGGCUUCUCUGCUCUAAUAGAAAGGGAGACGUGAAGAGGGGUUUUUCCAGGUCCGGUUGCAGUACGAAUUACAGACUACCGAGCCGAUGAUGAGUGUUACUUAUUCUAAAAACCAGCACCAUCCUUUCCCGGGCUCAUGGAUUCCUCCAACGCACUGAUCUGCAUGAACAACAGGAGAGUAUUGUUCUUUUUGGACUGCGAUUUCUCUUUCCAUUGCAUCGAUAGACUGUCAUCGGCCGUCUGGCCGCCCACUACUGUCUUGUCUUUGUUCUCUUCUCCUGCGUGUGUGUGCGCGUGCAUUUGCUGAAGCUAAUCUUCUGGAGGUCAAUCAUGCUCUUAGCUGCACCUGAAGACACAGAAGAUGAGCCAGAGCUCAGUUGCUCUCUCCCGUGAUACCGAGUGCACUUUAAUCAGGGAUCUGCUUUGAGUUUUGAGUGUGCGCUUAGGGGGCAUGCAGUACUUAUUGGAUUAAACGCGUUUCUUUUGCUAAUUUUGUCGCCCUGCGGUUCCCCAAACUUCUUAUAUGGACUUCAAAUGGAAUACAAAGAUUUGACACCAGCUUUUUUGGUUUGGAUUUGCACUUGGAGAUUUGGAGAUGGAGUUCCUCAAGAAGUUUCGAAAGUAUGAUCGUCUCCAUGGACUGUCACCUUCUUCUAAGCCCGGUCCCGUAGAAAUGGAAAGGAGAGACUUUUGAUUGGUCGAAUCCAAGUUUCUUCCUCUGUUUUUUGUUUGGAUGGUCAUCCUGGAGAUCUUCCCCUCACUAUCUGUUGAGGGUCAAGCGUAGCGGGACGUUCUGUGUUUGGCAGGGGAAGGCUGAAGCCCCUGCAACCCAUUUUUCAUAAAAAUGGCGGCUGUUCUUGUCAGUUUUUCAAUUUGCAGUUGGUUAAGAUCAAGCGCGGUUGGGUCGAUGCGACUUGCACAUAGGAAGAAAAUGAUUCGUUUGAAAGAACGGGUGAAUGGCAGGGGUGGGGUUGCACUUGUACGGGUGUAAGAGGCUUCAAUUUCUUUUUCCCCUUCUUCUUUUGUGAGGGGAAUAAAGUCUCUGCUUUUCUCUUUUUGUAUGAGAAGAAUAACUUAUGACAAUAAUGACUAUAUGUAUAUACAAACAUAUAGAGAUCUAUAUAUAUAGAUAUAUAAAUAUUAAUUAAAAACUUGUAAAAAUCAUCAUACUCUUUCAAUUUAAUUGGUUUUGAUAUUGUUUCAAACAAAUAUUUCAUGUGAGUGGAAAACAUUGCACGUAUGUGCAUACAUAUGUAUAUAUGUAGUAUGCACCUAUGUGCAGUGUUUUCCCUUUUUUCCUCACAUUAAUUUUCAGCCCAAAUUCUCACUCGAGCAUUAAUUUCAGUUUGUUUUUCAGUCUCACUUGUCUUCUCAAACUGUUCAUCCUGUCACAUGCGUUGGUUUCUUUAAGGAGUUUGACCUAUUAUUUAUCCCACCGCUGCCUGAUAUUGUUUCUCUCUGUUCAAUUGAAAACAUGUACGAUUUGUGCAGUAAAAAAUAUGUUCUGUG